GCUGCACCGUCCGCUUCCCUCUACUAACCGAAGUAAAAUCUAGGUUUGAGGGGCUGUGAAGUGGGGAUUGAAUCAUGGCGACAACGGCAGCAACGGGAAUGGGAACAGCGAAGAGGAAGCCCGUGUUCGUGAAGGUCGAUCAGCUAAAGCCAGGGACUAGUGGCCACACAUUGACCGUCAAGGUCGUUGACUCCAAUCCUAUUAAGCCCGCCAUCCGCAAGGGCCGGUCCGUGGCGUCUCUGACUCAGCCUCUUCGCCCCUCUCGAAUUGCUGAGUGCCUCGUUGGCGACGAGACUGGCUCUAUCCUUUUCACCGCUCGCAAUGACCAAGUUGAUAUUAUGAAGUCUGGCGCAACAAUUAUCUUGCGAAAUGCUAAGAUUGACAUGUUCAAGGGGACAAUGAGGUUAACGGUUGAUAAAUGGGGGCGCAUUGAAGUGGCAGAGCCUGCUUCUUUCACUGUUAGAAAGGAAAACAAUCUUUCAUUAGUUGAAUAUGAAUUAGUCAAUGUUGCGGAUCAGUGAUUUGUAUUGCACUCCUGGACGUGAAAUAUUUUUUUAUCACCAGAGGGCUUGGUUUUGAAUGUUGAAACAUGAACUGUAAACGAAAUGCCAUUUAAUGAUUCGUAUACAGAUUGCAGCUAA